AUGCCUUCCCCAGCCGAAGCGCCUCUUGCGCUGUCACUACCUCUGGCUUCGGUGGUGCUUGGUGCAGCUACCCACAUAUCGAGUUUUAGGCUCCAACUGGACGACUAUGGAUGGCGCCUUCUCGGCCUCUGGAAUUUGACGUUGACUCUGUUAUUUCUCUGGCUCAGCCGUAGUUACGAUUUUCUGGCGGCGACUCGUCUGGUCCUCACAUUUGCGGCUACAUUUCUCUUCGGCUUCUUCGGCAGCACUACCGUCUACCGUUUCUUCUUUUCGCCUCUCCGCAAAUUCCGUGGUCCAUGGCAGGGCGUGUUGACUUCGUUAUACCGCCUGCACGCAGCGAUUACCACCGAUGUCCGUCUCUUCCGCUCGAUAGACAGCCUUCACAAGCAGUAUGGCGAUUACGUCAGAAUUGGAGCACGGGAGAUCUCCAUCCUUAACCCCUCGGCAAUUCCUCUCCUCUACGGAGCCAAGGCGCAAUCUCUUGCCGACUACGAGCCCCGCGUCCAGGAGGUGAUCAACGACCUCAUUCGAGCUCUCGAAGCCCGAACGGGAAGCUCGGUUAACUUAACUGAUUGGAUCAGCUUCUUCGCAUUUGACGCCAUGGGCCGGGUUGCCUAUAGCCAGGAAUUCGGAAUGAUCAGAGACGGAAAAGGUUCAGUUACGUUUGCGGGCAAGACUACGUCCCACGAGGCUCUGCGCGCCACGAUGAAGAUGUACGGGAUUUUCGGCCCCGUCCCGUGGCUUUUCAAGAUGAUCAGCCAAAUUGGCCUGGUCGGCGAGAUGGCAACCUUCUUCCAGUGGUGCCACUCCACCAUGCGCACGAAGCAACAGAGCUUCGACGCCAUCAACGACACCCCCACCGACAUCUCCAGCUGGAUCAUCAAGUCCCAAAACGACGCGUCCGACAUCAACAAGCGCCCGACGCAGCGCUCGCUCGAAAACGACUCCAUCCUCCUCAUCCUCGCCGGCAGCGACACUGCCGCCUCCGCCAUCACCAACGCCAUCUUCUACCUCACCCAGGACCCGGCUCGUCUCGCGAAGCUCCGCGCCCAGCUCGCGGCGCUGCCCGACCGCAGCCUCAAGUCCCUCGGCACGGUGCGUUACCUCGACCACGUCAUCAACGAAACCCUGCGCCUCAAGCCGCCGGCGAUCGAAGGCCUCGUGCGCGAGACGCCGGCUGGCGGCCUGACGCUGCCCGAUGGUGUGUUUGUGCCUGGUGGGACGAUGGUGUCGAUCCCGCCGUGGACGUUGCACCGGGACAAGCGGUUCUGGGGUGAGGAUGCGGAUGAGUUUAGGCCGGAGAGGUUUGAGGGGGUGGAUUUGACGAGCGAGACGGUGCCGUGGAUGCCUUUCACAAGGGGGGCUUAUACUUGCCCUGGCAAGCAGUUGGCGUAUAUUGAGAUGAGGGGUGUUAUUUCGGCGGUUGUGAUGGGUUUCGAUCUGACUCUUGCGGAGGGACAGAGCCCGAAGGAGUUUGAUGAGGGGUGUCAGGACUCGUUUACGUUGACGAAUCCGCCGUUGAUGGUGGAUUUGAAGAAGAGGGAGGUGUGA